GAUUGGAGUGGGGAACCCUCUGGGAGGGCAGAAGUGGAGGCGAAGGGACAGAAGACAGUUUCAAGACAGAAGAAAAGCAUCAGAAGGGCCCUAUAGCUGUCUCGUAACUGUAGUUGUCAAGUAAUCCAAGGUCGUCAUUUUACAGAUAAGGAAAUCAUAGAGGAGGAUUUGAACUUGGGCCCUCUAGUUAGCACUCACUGUCAGAGGUGUUUGUGUCGAAGAAAUACAUGCUGAGUUUCUAAAUUGAUCCUGAAAAUGAGUAAUUAUUCAGAGGUUAAAGUGAAAAUACCUUUUGGAAAUAAGAGCCUGGAUGCUGUUUGUUCUGUCCCUGACAAGAUAUUAACUGACCAAGUGUUAAUAUACGCAGUUAUUCUUACUCAUGGAGCUGCAGGAGAUAUGAAUUUUCCUCAAUUGAAAUCACUGGCAAGCCAUCUUGCAACUCAUGGCAUCUUGUGCCUGAGGUUUACUUGCAAAGGCCUCAAUAUUACACACAGGAUAAAGGCAUAUAAAGCUGUUUUGGAAUACCUAAAGACUUCAGAUGAAUACAGACUUGCAGGUAUUUUCCUUGGAGGUCGUUCAAUGGGUUCUAGAGCUGCCGCCUCUGUGAUGUGUCAGAUUGAACCAGAAGAUGUUGAUGACUUUAUCCGAGGUCUCAUUUGCUUUUCUUAUCCCUUGCACCGUCCAAAGCAGCAGCAUAAGCUCAGGAAUGAAAAUUUGCUGCUUAUCAAAGGCCCUGUGCUCUUUGUCUCAGGCUCAGCAGAUGAGAUGUGUGAAAAGAAAUUGCUGGAGAAAGUAGCAAAGACAAUGAAAGCCCCUACUAAAAUACACUGGGUUAAAAAAGCCAGUCAUUCCAUGACCGUGAAAGGACGAUCUGCAGAAGAUGUUUUGAAGGAAAUCAACUCACAUGUUCUUUCUUGGAUCCAAGAAAUCAUUGAGCUGGACAAGAAAUAAUUCAUUGAUUAAAAGCCAUGUGUCAUUUGGAAUUUGUAUAUUUGAUUUGAUAAGAAAAACAGCAAAUCUCUCGAAUUGUGAGCAUGUUAGACCUGUUUAAUAUAUCUUUAUGAAUAUGCUUUGAAAGCAAAUGUUAACCUUGUUUAAAAAGGAAAUAUGAAACUAAUUAUAAUAAUUUAAGUAGCUUUAGGCAAAUCUACUUUUUCAAAAAAUUAUUUUUUCUCACUUAUGCUAUUGUUAAAUAAUUUGAUAAUUGCCAAAUAUUUCUUCAGAAAUAUCUUUUUCUUUUUUUUUUCUGAACUACAAUAGUACAUUUGGUGUAUUGCUGUUUAGAGUAAAUAAAAUUAUCCUUUAGUCUGGCACCUUAUAUUGGUGAAAUUACAUGGUUGGACAAAUAAAGCAAGCCAGUCAUGUAAGCAUAUAACUAAUACUUUCUCUGAUAGAGGAAGAAAAAAGCAGUCACUUUCAUAUUACUUAACAUAUAAAAAAAAAUUGCCCUGUAAAUGUUUGUCACCUUUUAUUUAUCCCUACAAUAAAUAGACAUUACAAUGAUAA